AUGACCACCACAGCUAUUCCUACCAGCGAGCAGGAACUCACAAAGCUAAUGCAUGGCAAAUCCGCGACCGAACGCAAUGCUUUCCUUUCCAUGCUACGCAAAGAUGGCCAGGCCCAUCGUCUUGUCACAGACGAAUACGUCAAACGCUGGACUGAGGACAGUGAUGAAGCACGAAAGACCAGACAAGACUCUUACAUGUCCUUGGUGAACAACUACUACGAUCUGGCAACUGAUCUAUACUGCGAAGGCUGGGGUGAAUCGUUCCAUCUCUGUCGAUUUGCUCCCAGAGAAUCGUUGAUUCAGGCACUGGCUCGUCAUGAGCAUUACCUCGCUCAUAUGAUUGGCAUCAAAGACAACUAUACAGUACUCGAUGUGGGUUGUGGUAUUGGUGGUCCAGCAAGAGAAAUUGCUACAUUCGCUGGUUGCAAAGUAGUCGGAGUCAACAACAACGGCUACCAAAUUGAGAGAGCAACUGGGCUAACGGCUAAGAGAGGUCUCUCGGAGAAGGUGUCUUUUGUUCAGAAUAACUUCAUGCACUUGAGCUUCGCAGACAACACGUUCGACGCUGUCUAUGCAAUCGAGGCUACUUGCCACGCUCCAGACCUUGAAGGCGUCUACUCGCAGAUGUACCGUGUCGCUAAACCAGGAGCAGUUGUCGGUAUCUACGAGUGGGUAAUGACAGACCGCUACAAUGAGAGUGAUCCAACCCACCGUGCGAUCCGCCACGGUAUUGAACGCGGAAACGGAAUCUCCAACAUGGUCACCAGGAAGGAGGCAAUGCAGGCCUUUGCGAAGGCAGGUUUUGCACUGCUACACGAUGAGGAUCUAGCAGAACGCAAGGACGCCAGACCCUGGUAUGCCCCGUUGAGUGGCGACAUCAACUAUGCCACUGGAGUUUGGGACGUACUCGGUGCAAUGCGCAUGACCAAGGCUGGUAGAUUCGCGAUGGAGACGCUGCUUUCCACACUCGAGAAGGUCUGGAUUGCACCUUCUGGCACAGCGGAGACUGCCAGAGAGCUAUCUGCUGCUGCUGAUGCUCUAGUCGCUGGUGGAAAGGAAGGCCUGUUUACUCCGAUGUAUCUCAUGGUUGGAAGAAAGCCUAUGUAG